AUGUCGGAGACUACGACCAAGCAGGCGCCUGCGUCCUACGUCGGGACGAGCAAGAUUGUCCAGACGGACUAUCCGCUCAUCGACAACGACCCUCACUUUAAGCGCGUCGUUGGAUAUGCGCGCAGGGAGGAUUAUAUCGCCGGUGGUCUGGCCGCUGCCUUUGCCCCGGCUGCGCUCUACACAAUGGAGAAGUUUGCUCCUUCACACGUCGGUCGCGGCGGUUUCGCCAAGGCCAUGCGCUUAGCCGGCUUUGUCGGUCUCGCCGGUGGUUUCCUCUACUUUUACCAGCGCUCCGCCCUCCGAUUCUACGGCGCUACCGAGAACGCGCGCGAGAUUGAGAUGGACAUGCGCGAAAUGGUCGACAAGGUCAAGGCUGGCGAGCCGCUGUACGGCGAGACCACGUUGAGCCCGUACCUGCAGGGCGUCGCGGCCCGCCAGAGCCGCUACUCGGCCCUCUUCAUGGCCACGGUGCCGUGGUUCAACUUUGUCAACCACAGCCAGCAUGGCGUCGACACGGCCAAGUACUACCAGCAAGCGGAGCGGGAGCUGGCUGCUGCGAAAAACUAG